AUGGGCAUCUUCGGCCGGGACAACGUCGAGGUUCGGCUCAGAUUACACAGCGAAAACGCGGAGUACCUCCCUGGCGGCCUUCUCUCCGGAGUUAUUGAAGUUUCUGUGAAGAAGGAGACCGCAUCGCGGGCGAUUCGAUUGCGCAUCCGAGGCGAGGAGUAUGCCAAAGUCAACUCUGGCCGCUUGGUGCAACACAGCACACGCGUACACUACGACAAGGUGUAUACCUUUGCUGGAGACGCUACUAAGAAUUACACGCCAGACCGCACACUCAUUCUUAUUGCUGACCUGAGCGAGGAUGAGGGAGCCGAUGCGUGUGAGCCGGAGGUACUGAUGCCAGGGACACACAAUUACCCCUUUGAAUUGCGUUUGCCAAUGUUUUUGCCUCCCAGUUUUGAUACCCGGUCCCGGUUUGACAUUUCUGAGGCGCGCAUGUCAUACACGGCAAAGGUGUACGUUGAUAUUCCGCGUGGGUUUGAUGUAAAAUGUGUUCGCAAUUUUUACGUCUUGUCCGCCAUUUCUGCGGCGCAGCGGCGUCAACGGCUGGAGGAGCAUGGGAAAGAGGCACUGGUCUCGCUUGCGCAGCUGCACAAGUUUUUCUGCCUGGGACGCUUCUGGUUCCCCAAAGCAGGACAGUUCAUCGCCACGGAGGCGACCAUUGAACCCACAGUAGUCGUGAUGGACGAAUACACGAGCACCGCAAGCUCUGACGCCGACAACAACGCCAUGGAUGCGCCUGACAAUAGUAACGCAAUAAAAGUACACGUCAAGGUCCGCAACGACUCGCGUAAAACCCUGAAUAGCGUACGUGUGCAGAUAACAAACCACAUUGAAGUUAACCCAGGUGGUGUAUUGUACGUUCGGCAUGUAAAGGUGGGAGAGCCAUUUGUGUCUUCAGAGCCGAUAUACCCUGGUGAAGAAAAAUCGUUUCUGGCCUGCUUCCGACCACCGCCGUUUAUUUCAUACUCCUCCCUCGAGUUUCAAGAGAACGAUCCAGUCGACCUAUAUCGUUACAACAUUUCUCCUCUUAUACCACUGCGAAAACAAAAACAAUACGUUGUGUACGAACAACCGCUCAUGAGCAUGAGGACAGCGUUCGUCGAUAGUCGGUGCGUGGUCUCGGUGGACUUCCCUGGGGUGAAGGCAAAAGGCACUCUUGAGGCAGAUAAUGUUUUGAUUUUGGCGGGCACGGUUGAUGAGCAGAAUCGUACGGAGAAAGUGCCUUCUGUCUAUGACAGCGCGCCUUUAGCGCGUGAGACGUCGCCGAACAGCGCGCACACAAAGCAAUCCGACACCGACAACUACGCCAAGGGGCCGGAGCGGACGAGGUACAAGUACCCAAUGCGGCACGGCCGCGUGCAGGACCCAACAGGCAUCUUUCCUGCCUAUACAGCGGGAAACUGGAAGCCGACGAAAGAAGAAUUGAGUUGA